GUAUGCCAAAAGAAGUAUCAAUUAGUGAAAAGAAUGAUUGUGUUGAUCGUGUUAUUAGUGAACUUGGUCUUGAAGGUUGUGCUAAUACACGUGUGGGUACAGAAUAUCUUCGAGGUAUCUCUGGUGGUGAAAAGAAACGAACUUGUAUUGGCAUGGAAUUAGUUUUAUCACCUAAGAUCUUGUUUCUUGAUGAACCAACAACAGGCAAGACUAUAUAA